AUGAGGUCUGAGUUUUGGGUUUUGGAGGUCAAUCAUUUUAUCAAUGUGAAAACUAUAAACUUUGAUAUUGGCCAAAGCCUCGAGCAACUUUGGAUCAUAGACAGAAUCUUCUCUCCCAAAUGGCUAAAGGUUUCAUUUUCUGCAGUUUCUGUCUUUGAUGGUGAAGCAGCCUGUUUUCCUUGCAUGACAGCCGAUUUAAAGGCAGAGACUUUCACUGUAUGGAUGAAGUCCCUGAUCAUGCAAGGAAAUGGCCUUACUGUUUUCAAUGAAAAUGGUCAGGUUGCUUAUCGCAUAGACAAUUAUGAUGAGAAGAGAAGCAGGGAAGUCUUUUUGAUGGAUCUCAGAGGGAAACUUCUCUUUACGGUGCGUCGAAAGAGUAUUUGGUUUUUAUGUGAUUGGGAAGGAUUUAAGGAGGAGGACGUAAAUACAGAGGAAAGAAAACAAUUCUUUAGAGCGAAAAAGAUUCUCAGAGUUUUCAGUAAUAAGUUAAGCUGUGAUGUAAAGUUAUGCGGAGAUGAAUCUCAGGCAAGUUUGUGCUAUAGGUUUGAGGGAUUUUGGGGCAAAAUAGCAUUCAGAAUAUUAGACAGCCGGGGAGGACUUGUUGCAGAGGCAAAGAGAAAGCAAUCAUCUUUAGGAGUUCAAUUGGGAGAAGAUGUUAUGAGUUUGGUCCUAUUACAGACUAAUUUAGAUCAUUCCCUCAUCAUGGCUCUUGUCACUAUGUACCUGUUGAUUCAACGUAGAAUAUGAUUCAUUUGUUUCAACAGAGAGAAAAGGAGACAAACCUGGAACAAUGCCUGAAAGACUGACGUGUGUUUGCUUCCCAUAGUCAAGCUUGCAAAUUGGAUCCAAAGUAUCCAGCUUCUUGACCAAUUUGUCCGUUUGCCCUUCAAAGAUUUCAAGAGAACUAGAGCAGCCAUAGAGAAGUAUAGAAUGGAGUUCUGUUGGUAUACCUGUAAAGCGCAUUCUUACAUGCUUACUUCUACACUGGAUGUUAUGUCAGUGAAUUUCUUAUACCAGACAAAGUAUGUUUGAUGGUUUCUGGACCACCUCAAGUUGCUUCAGUUAUGACGCUUGGUGGGAUGAAUUGUUUGUCAAAUGCCACUGCCUGCAACAGACUUAAUUACUGGAACUUCCCUGCAAAAUAAAAAGGUUUAACCAUAGGAGAUCUAGUUCUAUUUUCACAAAGUUCCUUUUCUCCCCUUUCCCAUCCCAAAUUGUUGACCAUGGAAUAAUAAAAG